CCUACCACCCUCCCCCAGCCCCGGAGACCUAGGCGGGGACCCCGGGAUCGGACGUCCCCGUGCCUCCGGGCACCUGGCUCAGCAGGAGUCCCCCGGGUCGGGGCAGGGCGGGGUCGGCAGCGGCGAGCCCGAGCCCCCCCGGCGCCCAGGCCCCUCGGAGCCCUCAGAACCCACCCAUGGGGUACCGGCUCCCCGCGUCCCCUCGCCCGGCUGCGCCCAGCUCGGCGCCCCCAGCCGCGCAGAGGAGGAGCCCGGCGCAGUGACCCGGGAGCCGCUGCAGGAAGCCUCGGCGGCGGUGGCGGCGGCGGCGGCGGAGGCUGGAGAGGCAGGCGGUUCCCCGCACCUCCAGGCGCUUCCAGGCAGCCCUCCAAGCCGUGCCAGAGGCCCGGCUGGCCAUUCUCAGACAGAAGACGGACGCCCAGACAGGAGCCGCGCAGAGGAGGCCAAGGCCGCCAGCAAGAGGCUGCAAGGCCGGGUCCAGGGCCUCCUGACACCCGCUCCCCGCUCUGUGCCGCAGUCCCGAGCCAUGAUGAAGACCCUGUCCAGCGGGAACUGCACGCUCAGCGUGCCCGCCAAGAACUCGUACCGCAUGGUGGUGCUGGGCGCCUCGCGGGUGGGCAAAAGCUCCAUCGUCUCCCGCUUCCUCAACGGCCGCUUCGACGACCAGUACACGCCCACCAUCGAGGACUUCCACCGGAAGGUCUACAACAUCCGGGGCGACAUGUACCAGCUGGACAUCCUGGACACGUCCGGCAACCACCCCUUCCCUGCCAUGCGCAGGCUGUCGAUCCUCACAGGGGAUGUCUUCAUCUUGGUGUUCAGCCUGGACAACCGGGAGUCCUUCGACGAGGUCAAGCGCCUCCAGAAGCAGAUCCUGGAGGUCAAGUCCUGCCUGAAGAACAAGACCAAGGAGGCGGGGGAGCUGCCCAUGGUCAUCUGCGGCAACAAGAACGACCAUGGCGAGCUGUGCCGCCAGGUGCCCGCCACCGAGGCCGAGCUGCUGGUGUCGGGGGACGAGAACUGCGCCUACUUCGAGGUGUCGGCCAAGAAGAACACCAACGUGGACGAGAUGUUCUACGUGCUCUUCAGCAUGGCCAAGCUGCCCCACGAGAUGAGCCCCGCCCUGCACCGCAAGAUCUCCGUGCAGUACGGCGACGCCUUCCACCCCCGGCCCUUCUGCAUGCGCCGCGUCAAGGACGUGGACGCCUACGGCAUGGUCUCGCCCUUUGCCCGCCGCCCCAGCGUCAACAGUGACCUCAAGUACAUCAAGGCCAAGGUCCUUCGGGAGGGCCAGGCCCGUGAGAGGGACAAAUGCACCAUCCAGUGAGCGGGAGGGACGCCGGGGUGGGCGCUUGGGCGGUGCCUUCCGGGAAGUGUCCCCCCCCCCCCCCCCCCGUGCCCGCUGCCCGUGCCCCCCGCCCCCGACGAGACCCCAGUGGCAGCCGCGUUCGAAGGCCUCUGGCUCCAGACCGGGGCACCCCAGCCUCUGACCUCUGUGUGUUCUGCCUCCUCGCCGCUUCCCUCUGAUUCUGCUUUUUUCGAGGUGCCCCCCCCUCCCCCGGCGCAUUUAGCCCCUCCCCGCGGGGACAGGUCACUGCGGGGCUGGGGACAAGGGUGGGAGACAUCCGGACUUGUGCCGGUCCCCAAGUCAGAGCCUUCUCGUCCUUGGGGUUGGAGGAAACGCUGACGCAGGAGGGGCCGGAAUCCCUACGCGGACGGAGCCUUCUGGAACGGUCGCGGGUGGAAACGACUCCCGGGGUCUCCGCCGUGCUGCUUGAGACCCCAGACUCUCGCCCUCUCCGACUCAGCUGUUUGGGCCCCUGCCCCCAGGGUGGCCCCCAGCCGUCCCGGUCGGUCGGGGACGUGAGCCAGCGGCGGCUGUGUGUGUGAAGAGGGGCGUGGCCACGUCUCCCUGCCCACGGCCGUCCGUCUGGCGGAUGCCUCGUCUGCUGGUUGUGUGUUGCUAAUCGUUGUCCUGUAAAAGCUACUGACGCCUCGUUGGCCAGACCCCCGCCCAAGUUAGACCCACCGCCUCUGCUGGGGAUGCCUUCCUCCCCCUUCCCAGACAGGGUUCCCCGUGGCCUGCCUGCAGCUGGACACUGCCCUCGAUAAUGAGCUUCACAAUUUACAUUUGCACGGGGCAGGGGAUGGGGGGGGGGGGGGCAGGCUGGGGCUGCUUCUCCUGCCCCCAUUUUGCAGAGGAGGUGGCUGAGACUCGGGGGGGGGUAGGUGACAUGUCCCAGCGCCGCCCCCCCCCCACCUCCCCGUACCCCCCGCGCUUCACCUCGUUCAGGGCAGGGCUCUGCCUAGAACCACGCCGUCUUCUACUGUGCUCGUUCCUCAAGCAUUUAUUGAGCGCCUGCCGGGUGCCGGGUCCACUGUGUGCUAGGAAACAAAGAGGAUGAGCAGUGCACUUUAUGACCCCGAGGCCAGGCCCAUCCCCAGCCUCUCGGCCUGUUCCCCUUCACCCGCAUGGCCUGUACCCACCCCUGCUGCCCGUCUGUCUCGUGCAUUUGGAGCUUUUGCGGUGGGGGGCGGGGGGGUGCUGCAGGUGCAGCUGGGAGCCAGAGCUGAGCCCGGAGAGGUAGGUGGAAAGCUCCUCGUGGGUCUUUCCCUCUUGUCUGGCGCUGGACUGCUGCGUCCUGGGUGUGACGGGAUUGGAGCCCGUAGACCGAAGGCCUGUCGUCAGCUCUUAGCAAGUACGUUUUGUGUCUUAAUCUCCUUUAAAAUAUUGAGAUUUAGGGCUACAAGGAACCUUAGCGAUCACCUAGUGACUCUUUCUGAGGCCCAGAGAGGGUGAGCAACUCGCCCCAGCUCACACAGCAAGUCUGUGAGCGGCAGAAGCAGGGCUAAGUCUGGGCGUUCGGCACGCACCCCGAGGUGCCCCCUCUCCUGAUGCUCCCUCUGCCCUUGAGGCCUUCAGAGAAUGGAGGUGUCUUCCCCGAGCCUGUCUCUAGAUGGGUCUUUGAGGGCUCCUAUAAGUUCUGUGUACACGCCCACGUUUGUCUACAUGCACCCGUGUGAACACCGAGAUGUGCGUGUGCCCCGACUCCAGCUCUGCGUACCCGCUGCCUCCACCCUGCCACCUGCCGCUCAAGUCAGCGGCUCUGACCCUGCUUCUGUGCCCUCGCCCAGCCCCGGCCUGAGCCCUCCCAGUGGACUGGGUACCGUGGCCAGGGCAGGCGUGUGACCUGGUCCCACCCAGUGACGCCCCUGCUGCCCCACAUCUCU